AGGCUGAGAGUGGACCGACGGCCCGGGCGACGGACCGACGGUAGUCUGUCUGCUCCUCCUCCGCCUUCUCCGCCUUCUCCCCAUCUGCAUCCUCCAUCGCCGAGCUUCGUGUGUGGUAUCCCUUCUCUCCCACGAAAGGUGAUCAGUACUGCGGCGUUGCCGACGUCGGCAUCGUCAGGUGAGCGGUUGUGGCGAGGCCAAUUUUGGUCAUCUUCCCAUCACGAUAGGGUGAUGGUGCGGUAGCUACCUCGGUCACGCGCGCGUGCGUAGAGACAGAAGGUUGCACGGUGCGCGGGCACGAGGGUUUGCUCCCUGCCGACAAGAGGGGAGGAAGAAAGAGAGAAGGAAGGAGAGAGGAAGAGGGGACGGUGCUUGCUGGUAGUGGAAUCGUUGCUGCUGGUUUCUAUCAUGCGGUGAGAGAAGAGGGUGCCCAUCGAAACGGUUGGUAUCACCUCAGGAGGGAGGUCUGCCGUUCGUUUGUUUUGACAAGCUAUUCCCCCCCUCUCUCAGCUGUUGGGCAAGUGAGUGAGUGUUGGGGGGGGAGCUUACCCUGCCCUUGUCCCUCCCCCUUUUGCGGCUGUGCAGCCCAGCGGUUCGUGAUUGGCACACUUGGUCUAUAUAUACCAUAACGUUCCCAUCUUCUCUCCUCCGCAGUCUCUGGCUGCUUGGUCGUUGACAGCCGGCGGCAGUUCUGUCGGGCGCGCACUGUAGUGUGGCGGGAGAGCGCAAAGCGCGCGCAGACGCGCGCACUUUACAGAACACACGUUCACUCUGAGCGCGCUGCGGUCUCUGAUACAUUUUUAGGUUUACCGGUUGGUCAGCGGGGAGAGGGUCCACGCGCCGUCUCAAUUUUCCCGCCAAAUUUUGUGGCUGCGAGUAUUAGUCGCUCGCACGUGGGGCUGUUUCGGGACAUCGCCUGAGGAGCGUCCACGUGGCUCCUUUUUCCCGCCACUUUUGUGGCUAUGACAGAGACGGAACGCCAACAAGAGAAGGCGACAUACGGCGCGGAGGAGGGAGAGGGGAGAGGUACCGAAGGUGGUGAUCUAGCGCCGCCAGUGAUGGGGGGCAAACGAGAUCUGGACGGCGAUGGCGCUCAUGGCCCGGGGUCAAUUCUGGACUCGGCGGCCAAUGGGGAUGGCAGUUCGUUGACAGAUAGCCACGUGGCUGAGGGCAAUGGCGAGGUGGAUGUGCUUCGUGGUUGCCGAUCCUUCGGGGACGGAGGGGGGAAUGAAGGGGAGGAGCACCAGGCUAAUCGAGAAGUAAGCGGGUCGGAAGGAGGGGGGGGGGGGGAAGGGGGAGAGGGAGCGGAGCAAGUCGUUGGUGGGGAUGAAUGUGCGGCGGAAGGGGCGGGGCUGGAAGGGGGGGAAGGCGUCGCGGCGGUGCUAUCGAUUACUACUACGACGACGGCGGCGGACGCGUCAUCAUCUGGAGCCGCUACUACAGCAAGCGCGGGCGGAGAAAUGGCGGCGGAGCCAAACAGUGCGGCUGCUGCCUCUGCCACCACCGCCGCGGCUGCUCCCGCCGCCGCUGGGGGUAAUCCCACGGUCAGGACGUUUUACGUGGUCAAAGUGCCACGAUGCGACGAGAACCUUGGCUCAGCAGAGCAACGGGAGGCGGAGCUGAAGCUGCGGCAGAAGCGCGAGGCGCUAGAGUUCAUACGCGCAGCGCUGAGGCUGAAGCAAGCGGCGCGUACGGAAGCCUACGAUAACCUGCGCAACGCGAGGCAACGGCUGAGAUCGUGCUUUGAGGAGCUGUCGCUUAAGGACAAGGAGAAGGAUCCGUUGUUGAAUUCCUUGCAGAAGCUUCAGGUAGUCGGCCAGGAGGCGAGGAAGAAGAGACGAGAGGUGCCGGUAACUAGUGAAGAGGAAUUAGACCAGAGGAUUGCUGAUUUGGAGCAUCAGAUUGAGCACGAGACGAUCAGUCUCCAGGAGGAGAAGAAGAUCCUUCGGGAAAUCAAGAAUCUCAAGAGCUCGCGUGACGACGUCCGGGCGAUGGUAGCCCUUCAGAGCAAAUACGAGGAGACACGUGUGCAGAGGGAGGCCCUCGAGAGUCAGAUCAAGCCCAUCAAGUCGGAGGGGCAGGUGCUGAGGCUGGAGAAGGACGCCGCGAAGAAGAUCGUAGAAACGUUUGAAUCGGAGGCACGAGUGCUUGAGGAGGCGGUAAAGCAGUUGCUAUUGGAGCGGACGAAUGCAACGGAGGAGCACGACGCAGCGUUCGAGCAUCUGAAGAACCUGAGACAACAGGCCGCCGCCAGAGAUCGAGAGUUUUACAAGAACAGGAACGAGCUGCAGAGAGUCAAGUAUUUAGCGUCGGAGAGAGAUAUCAAGGGGCUCGAGGAGUUUUGCUCGGAGCAGGUGGAGAGGCGGAUGGAGCAGUGGAGUACGGACGCGGACUUCAGGCGGAUGUACGUGAAGAACAAUGAGCGCAGCACUAUCAGACGAUUUGGUUGCCUCGACGGAAGGUCGCCUGGGGUGGAUGAGGAAGCCUUCGAUCUCGCGGACUUUGAGGUGCCGCAGAUGAAAGCGACGACGAUGGGGGGAGGGGGAGGGGGGGCAACCACGUCGGGGUCGGCGGGAGGAGGAGCAGCAGCGGGAGGAGGGGGGCAAAGAGGGGGAGGAAGAGCGGGGAGCGGUGCUGCUGGGGCGGCUGCUGCUGCUGCGAGCGGAGGGGGAAAAGGGGAUGGUUCGGCGGCGAAGAAAGACGAGCCGUCGAAAUCCAAUGGAAUUGGGGGAGGGGCGGCAGGAGGAGGGAAGAAGGAAAGUGGGGGUGGGGUGAAGAAGGGCGGGGGCGUGAAGGGAGGGGCGGCGAAGGAGUCCGCGGGGGAUCAGAUGGUGAUUUCGAGCAAGCGAGGAGGUGGUGGUGGGGGCGUCGGGGAAGAGUCUGCUGCGCCGGCGGCGGCAUUAGCCAACGGAGGGUUUAAAGAAGCCAAUGAGGCGGAGGAGGACCCAGCCGUGCGCGAGGCUUUGCGCGAGAAGCGUCGGAAAGAGGAGAUGGAGAAAGCGAGGGAAGCGGAGGAGAGGAAGAAGAAGAUGGCGGAGAGGGCGGAGGCCAGAGCGCGGGCGCGAAAGGCGAGGGAGGAGGAGGAGCUAGCCAAAAAGAAGGAAAAGGAAAGGCUUAGGAAGGCGCGCAAGCGCGCUGCGUCUGCUGCCGCAGCGGGCCAAGCGGACGGUGAAGAGGAAAAAGCGGAAGGAGAGGAUGCCGCGGCAGCGGACGGCGGAGAAGGGGGGGAAGCGGUCGUCGUCUCUCGAGGGCUAGCCGGCGGCAAAGUUGCUGAGCUGGCCAGUAGUGCCGCAGGUGGUAGUGCCGCUUCUGCAGGUCGCUCAAAGAAGUUAACCUCGGAGGCGGCCCGGAAGGAGGCCCUGCAGAAGAAGAGAGAGCUCAUGUUGAGAGCGAAAGAUGCCGCCGCCGCCGCCUCCAGGAAGGGCUCAGGUAAUCAGCAGUUGUGGAUGAUUAUUGCUAUUAUUGUCGCGGGCUUGGCGAUCGUAGCGGGGCUUGUCCUGUUGGCCAAUAAGAGUCAGGGUCAAACGACGACGGCCAGUUCUUCUUCUUAGUCUCGGCUUGGUCAAAGGUGAAACCGCUAUGGCGAGCUCUGACUUAGUCUCACGGAUAGCAGCGUGGCAGUCUGUGUGUGUGAGCGAGAGAGUGAAGGUCAGGGGGGAGAGGGAAGGGAAGAGAAAAGGGAAGAGGCAGAGGGAAGGGAGGAGGAGAUAAGGGAAAGGACAGAGCAACUGGAGCUGGCUGUUUGCGGGGGGGGGAUUUGAACGGUCAAAGAGAACCAUGCAAGCUGCAGCUGAUGCAAACUGAACGCUGCACGCGGGGCGGGUGCGGUGGAGGGGGGGGGCAGGGAAGGAGGGAGGAGGAAAGGAGUCGGUUUAGUAGGGUUACAUUCCUUAUUUGGCAGCAGGGUGACAUUCCUUAUUUGGCAGCAGGGUGACAUUCCUUAUUUGGCAGCAGGGUGACAUUCCCUAUUUGGCAGCGUAACGGCGGGAACAGCUACUAUGGGGAGGAGGAAGUUAGGGGUUGCUCAUGGGUGGGUAGGUGGGUGCCGCGAAUUGCAUGGAGUGGUUAGUGUGCAGGAGCAGGGGUUUUACGAUGUCAUCGCUCGCAGUAAUGUGCUUUCACUCGGUUGGCCUUUCUCCUGCAAAAGCAACGGAAGACGCGAUGAACGCGAGGCGGCGGGUGGAGGAACGCUUGGCCGUAAAUGGAGCAGUGAUGCGACGAGGGAGGUAGGGCGCGUAUGUUUGUUGAACUCUCUCGGUAGGGUUCCUGGAAUGCGCCUUCGCGGAGCCGCACACAGACAGACACACACACACACAGACAGAGAGAGAGAGAGAGAGAGAGAGAGAGAGAGAGAGAGAGAGAGAGAGAGACUGACGGGUGACGAUUCGCAAAAGCGAUGAUUAGGAAGGGCUCGCCUUUGAGCGAGAGAGAGAGAGAGAGAGAGAGAGAGAGAGAGAGAGGCGCUGACGGGUGGGGAUUCGCAAAAGCGAUGAUUAGGAAGGGCUCGCCUUCAGAAGGGAGGGAGUCCUGUGAUGGACGGAAGGGGGGGGGAGGGAGGGAGGGUGGAUUGGGUGGAGGAGAAAGGAAUGGGGGAAAGCACCGGUGUGUUGGUCAAAGAUGAGGUGGCUGUGUCAUGAUAGUCGUUGCGAAGGGGAGGAGGAGGAGGAGGAGGAGGAGGAGGAGGAGAAGUGGCAGCCGAUGAACAUGGCUUCAUGGGUGCAAGAUAGUGUUUUGAUUGACCCAGCGAUCAUUCAUUUUUCUUAUCUUGGUGAUUUUUAAAGUAGCUGUAGCGAAAACCUACGGCGCGGUUUUUCUUCGGGCGAACGGUAUAUAUUGGUCUUAAAAGGUUUUCGUUGCUCGAGACACGUGGCAACCGUACAUUUUUCCUCCGUGUUCCGUCCCUUGGUUUCUCACGUGGAGAGUGUUUUGACAAAGAGAAUUUGAUUUAUGAAGCGAACUCUUUUCUGUCUGUCUCUGUCUCUGUGGAGCUCGGAGUUGGAGAGUA